AUGGCCGCGCUGACCGGCGAGCAGCUCCUCGGGGUCGGGAUCGCGACGCGCAUGUCGUCUGUCGUCUCGAUUCUGGGCUCGCUCUUCAUCAUCGGCAGCUACUUGUGCCUUCCGUACUUUCGCCGACCCACGACCCGGCUGAUCUUCUACGCGACCUGGGGCAACUUGCUCACCAACGUCGCGACGCUCGUGUCGGUAUCUGCGAUCCCCGGCGGUGCAGUGAGCGCGUCGCCGCUGUGCCAGGUCCAGGCCUUCCUCAUCCAGUGGUUCAUGCUGGCAGAUCCGUUCUGGGUGUUCUGCAUGGCGUUGAAUGUCGGGCUCAUCUUCAAGGUGAAGCGCUUCGAUGGCAGCAAGAUGCCGGACUACGAGAAGUGGUAUGGGCUGGUUGCGUACGGGGUUCCUGCCGUGGUUCCCAUCACCUACCUCGUCCACGAUCAAGUGAGCAGUCACGGCAUCGUCGGUCCGGCCAUUCUCUGGUGCUGGGUGCGCAAAGAGUUUGACUGGAUGCGCAUCACCUUGUUCUAUGCGCCCAUGUGGAUACUGGCUGUUGCGACCAUGAGCAUACACAUGUGGGUCGGGCUGAAGAUCUACCGGGCAAAGAUGGAGAUGCGCAGGUGUCUGCAAGAGUCGCAGCAGCGUCUCGCGCAGGCGUGUCCAAGCACGCUGGAGGACCCUUUCGUGGACCCGCAGGACCAGAUCACCGUCACGACGAACAUCUCACACGAGAACGUAUCUAGGCGGACCGCUCUCCUCGUGCCGCUGAACCCAAACAGCCCAGUGCGCUACCACAAGCCGCUCCUCAUGGGCAAGUACCGGGCGACUGCGUACGCGGCGCCUCUGGCAUCGGGCGACUUUGCAACGCUGCCGUCACCGCAGGUGCCCGUGUUCCGGCCGAGCGAGCACGCGGCGCACGUGCAGCGGCGCGAGGAGACGAGCGAGGCGUUCCGGUACUUCAAGUCGGCGCUGCUGCUGUUUGUGGCGCUCGUGGUGGUGUGGGUGCCGUCGAGCGCCAACCGGCUGUACCAGCUGGGGCAUCCGGAGCGCGCCAGCUUCGCGCUCAACCUGAUCUCUGCGCUCGUGCUGCCGACGCAGGGGUUCUGGAACGCGGUCAUUUACGCACAGGCUUCGUGGGACGAGUGCAAGCGCGCGUGGGCUGGGUUCAGGAGGGGCGAGUCGGGUGGGAGCACGGCAGGGGUUGCGAGGGAGCUGUCGUCGAUGGAUCCGUCCGACUCGAAGCUGACUGUGUGA